CAGAGACUUUCUCGGACUUUGUUCCUCUUCUGAGACCCUCCACAUAUUGAACCUCGUUCAAUCAACCCACGCACCAUCAGCACUUCGUAUCAAUGGCGCAACCCACCACCUUCCAAGCUGAGCGGGAGGCUCCGCCUGCCCGAGAGGACACGCCCGCUCAGGCCAGCCCCGCUGGAGAUCUUAUGCAGGGCAAACAGAAUACAACUACUUUCGACCUGACCGGUAUUCCAGAGAUCUGCCCGUCUUUCGAGAUUCCUCCAGAGCCUACAACUUCUGACUUCGAGGACGACACAGUUGCUUCCAGCGCAAGCAACGUCGACAUCCAAGCCGCUGUUGUUCAAGUUAUUAAGCCUGAGAUGGAGGUCGCAGACGCGCAUUGGUCACCAUUGGCGUCCCCUGCAGAGACGAUCGCGUUCGAAUACGGCACUCCCAGCUUUGGCCUCUACCUCACCCUCACGAACCCACCCGUCCCAGCAGUCACGUACCGCGUUCAACUAAACACAUCCCUCGCUCAGGCACAGAGUGACAUGAAGCUCCUCGUCACCAACGAACUCAUGAAAGCCCAGGCCCAUGGCAUCGCAGAGGACCUGAAGUUCGACAUUGACGUCCGCAAGAUCGACAUCGUCAACGAGAAGGGUGCCAUCCUGAGCUACGAGAUUCUCCAGGGCACUUUCACCGAGGGAGGCUUCACCAGCAUCAUGGAGCGUGAUGGGCGUGUGAUCGAUGGCGAGAGCUACACGCGGAAGAUGUUCGAGAAGGCGGCCCAGGAGACCUCCUCGAUCAAGUCACCCCAGGAUAAUUCAACAGAACUGGAUGCUCCCUCCACCCCAGCUUCGGACUCUCCCCGCGCAAACCGUAUCGAGAGUUACCACAAGACCCCUGAGCAGCAGACACCCACCCCAGUCGCCCUCUAUUCCCCGAUCAAGAAGCGUGAACCGGAUGCUGAUGACACCACCUCGCCGCCAUCAAAGAAGCUUCGUCCAACUCCGCCCGAGUCUACGCAGGAGCCUGCAGGCCAAGAGGAGAUCUUCUGCCGUUGCAAGCAGCCGGACGACGGUACGGACAUGCUGGGCUGUGACGGCGACGCCUGCGUCAACGGUGGCUGGGUCCACAAGGACUGCUUUCUGGAGAUCGACUCCCCGCCUGUUGCUGAUGGCGGCGAGUCCAAGUGGUACUGUCCGGAUUGCGAUCCCGCGGCGUUCGAGCCAUCCACGGGCAAGAGAAAGGGCGACAAGAAGGGCAAGGCGGUGAAGAAAGGUGGUGUGGAGAAGAAGAAGGGUAAAGGCGGUGCGGCGAACAGAAGGAAUAUGUCACGCUAA